AUGAUUACCACAGUUAAAACUGUUGCAAAUCCGAAAAGUGCUAAAAUACUUAUUUUGGAUAUAUCAGAUCUGCCAACACAAGUACUAAAGAAUACAGUGGUACAUUGUUCGACGAUUGAAAAUCUCUUGACUGCAUUGGCUCAAUAUAAUGCCUUCAUUAUUAUCAUUGCGUGUACCUCGGCAAGACUUGAUGAAUUAAUUCCAGUACUAAAUGAAACUCCAAUCGAUGAAUUGUACAUUCUUAAUGAGGGAGACCCAAUUCAAGGAGCCACUGAACCUUGGUGGAAUAAGACAACUAUAGUUUAUAAUACAAAACAAUUAAUGCGUCAUUUGUGUACAAAACUUAUGCGUUGCUUUUAUAAUGAAGGUAUUGCACAUCGAAAAAAUGGAAAUUCUGGUGUGGCUAAUGCUUGUAUGACCGAGUCACUUCGUAUCUUAGAUUAUUCUGCUCAAUUUAUAUAA